AAAGGGCCAGAGGGAGAUUGGGGGACACACUUGCACACACGCACACACCCCAGUGCAAACCCCAUAGAGUUCAGAGCUGAGACAGCGCCCAGACACGCAUCAGGAAUGCCCCAAUGCGCACUGGUGCCCACUGCGCGUCAAGGCCCACCUCCUUGGAGGAGCCUGACUUGUUGAGUGGGAAAAGGAUGGCACCUGUUUGGUUAUUUUGCAAGACGAUGGGUGCUGGGCUCUCAUCACCAUCAUGAACACGAUGUUGCUUUUUGCAGUGCCAAACGAUGGAGAUCCUGGAUGAAUAUGACAACGAAUACCCGCUCAUUAUUUCCUUCUGUGAGCGGAUCUCCCCCCAGGACUUCGAGGGACAGUCGAUGUAUUACACCCAGAAAGCGCUGCAAGACCUUUACGCCCAAAUGGAGCAGAAUCCCAGUAUUUGCGAGCGCGUGGUGCGCAAGAAGAAACAGGAAGAAAAGGAGAACGCUGGUCUGGGCGAAUAUCUGAAGGCCAAAUUCUUUGCUAUGCUUCAGGGUGAUGUGAACUAUGCCAAUGCAUUGGGAGAGAUAGAGAUGCAAGAAAGAGUGGAACAACUGAAACGUGACAUGAAGAAGGCCCACAAAUACGCUCGCUCGGCCUGGAGAGCUUCAUGGAGACCACCGGAGAGGAGGACGCGGAGAGCUUUUAUGUUGGGAGGAUUCCGGCCCAGGCAGAACAGGCAUAUGGUUCCACGGUCCAAUCCGGAUAUGCCCAAAAUCUUUGGCACUUUUCCAAAGCAGAUGGAGAGACGCUUGAACCCCAACAUGGACCUGAGACAACUCUGGGCUGGCAUGUCAUCAGUCAACCAAAAGAGCAUGGUUGACCUGCGUCCUUUAAUGCUGAACCCUGAGGGCUUCCGUCCUACACUCCUGGGCAACAGUUCUCUCGGCCGGAUGAGAUACUCCAACCCUCGGAGGUUUCCCUCCCAUAGUCCUGCUUCAUCUUCCCAACCUCCCAGUUCCAGCUCCUCCAGCAGCACUUCCAUUUUCAACACCCCUGUGAUGGCAAGACACAAAGGCAACAAAGAGGACGACAAGGACCACGAUGCUCCAGGCUCCGACUUCAACUCCUCAGGGGCCUAGAAGGCUUGGCAUGUGUGGGAAGAACCGACGCGAAAUAAAAAGCGGUGCAUGCUCCCAUCCACCUGUGGACCUGUCUCUCUUUCUCUCUCUGUGUUGGUGUGUAGGGUGCUAUUGAGGUGUGCAUACCCUCCAGCAUUUCCCCAAUAACAAUUAGGACAUGUGUGGCCAAGC